UGAAUUAGGGCAUCAUCAUUCUUCUCACCCAAAUCUCAUAGCCGCCCGCCCCCUUCUUUCUCUCCUAUAAAUUAAUCUUCCAACAUUUCUCCCAAAGGGUAUCUAAGAUCAUCUCUCUCUCUCUCUUGAAUUCUCCGCCGCCGCCGCCUCACUCAUCAAAGGCACAGUCUUUUCUCUCCGUCUUCUUCAUAGCUUGUUGUAAUCCAUGGCAACAGUUAUACUAUCUGCAUCUCCUUCUAUUCUCCAAAUUUCUUCAUCGAACAAGAAUGGAUCUGCUUUCAUUAAGAAGACUCCAUCAUCAUUCUCACUAAAGAGCUCGAACAUAAUCUCUAAAGGACUAGGAUUGAAAUCGAUAUCCUCUGGAUUUAGAACAUUUGCUUCUGCAGCUUACAAGAUUAAGCUGGUUACACCAGAAGGAGCCGAACAUGAGUUUGAGUGUCCAGAGGAUACUUAUAUCCUUGAUGCGGCUGAAGAAGCUGGGAUUGAACUUCCAUAUUCUUGCAGAGCUGGAGCUUGUUCUACAUGUGCAGGAAAGGUUGUGAAUGGUUCUGUUGAUCAGAGUGACGGAUCUUUCCUUGAUGAUGGACAAAUGGAUGAAGGGUAUUUGCUCACUUGCGUUUCAUAUCCCAAAUCUGAUCUUGUUGUUCAUACUCACAAGGAAGGGGAUUUAUACUGAUUAGAUUUCAGUGUUUUUAGUUUGUGAUUAUUCAUAAUUGCAGCAAAUGGAAUUUCAUUGUUGUGUGUA